AUGGGUGACGUAGAAAACGUCAACGGGAAUAACAGGAAUGAUCGAGAUGACCCAAACGUCAGAGUGGUAGCACCUCUUCUGCCGGAAGCUAAUCUUUAUGAUUGGGCGCGACCAACUGCUGAUAACCUGGCCACAGCAAUUGCGGUUCCUCCCAUACAAGUGGAGACAUUUCAGAUUACCAACAACAUGCUGCACCUGCAGAUUGAUGAGAUAUUGCAAUUCAAGCAGAAUCCAACUGAGACUUUGCAAGAGACCUGGGAGAGGUUUAAGGGUAUGUUGGUGAAGUGUCCUCAGCAUGGCAUUCUGGAUCAGAUGCUGGGACGGAGAUUCUAUAUGGGUUUGGCUAACAGUCUGAAGGGCAAUGUAGAUGCUUCUGCUGGGGGUGCAUUCUUGAGCAAAACCUUCACAGAGAGUAAGAUUCUUCUUGACAAGAUGUCUCAAAAUUCAGGUUGGAUGACGAGAGACACAACACUCACUCCAAUAGUGCAUUCUGUCGCUCUUGACCCAAACAACACAAAUGCAGAAAACAUAGCCACUCUUAUGACCCAGAUGAGCUUGCUGACAAAGAAAAUCGAUGAGAUGGGUAUGAAGCAGGUGCACAUUGUUGAUACCACAAAUGGAGGCUUAUGUACUCCUUGCAUAAACCAGUCAUAUGUGUGCUCGUGGAGUGGAGAGAAUGACAACCAGGGUUUCAAAGAAGACAUGAAUUAUGUCAAUAAUUUUGGAGGUCAGAGGCAAGGUGGGCAGCAAUGGGGACCAACAUCAAACCAGCAGUACAUACCAAACCAGCCACAACACAACCCCAAUCCAGGAGGAGCACGACCACAAGGCCAAGUCGUGCCUUAUCAAAGGACAAUUGGAAAGAUGCAAGAGAAGUUAGCUGCACAUGAUUCAGCAAUCAAAGGCAUUGAAACUCAAUUGGGAAAGCUAUCUAUGGCCUUGAACAAUAGCCCACAAGGAACAUUGCCUGCAGAUGCAAACAUUAAUCCAAAUGAGCAAAACCUAAAUCAGCUCAUGGCAGUAGAGAGAGAGACAACGCCAACUACUCCAACUACUCCAGUUACAUUAGAGAUAGAUGAGUCAGCAGAGCUCACCGAGGUUGUAAUCGAGCAAGCACAUGUUGACAAGGGUAAGGAGAAGGAAGGUGAGAAACUCCCAGAACAGGUAGUAGAAAAAGCUUCCAGCAAAGAAAAGACACAAAGCAGUGGGCAGAGGUUGGUUCCUACACCAUUCCGUCAGAGGAAAAAGCCAUGGUAUGCAAAAAUGAUGAAGGACCUGAUGUCGCCAAAAUUUGACUUCCAGGACCUGUCCACUAUAACUCUGACGCAGACCUACAGCGCGAUAGUGACAAGGCCUAUGGCUCAAAAGGUGUCUGAUCCAGGUAGUUUCACUAUCUCAUGCACCAUUGGGAAAUAUGCUUUUGCUAAAGCAUUGUGUGACUUGGGAGCCAGUAUAAACUUGAUGCCCUUGGAAAUCUAUACAAAACUGGGCAUUGGCAGAGCUAGACCAACCUCAAUGUUGGUGCAACUGGCUGAUCGCACAGUCAAAAGACCGACAGGAAUUCUUGAUGAUGUGCUUGUUCAAGUGGGGAAAUUUGUAUUCCCUGCAGACUUCGUCAUUCUUGACUGUCAAGUGGAUGAAGAGAUACCAAUCAUUCUGGGCAGGCCGUUUUUAGCCACUGGGAGAGCAUUGAUUGAUUGUGAGACUGAAGAAUUAAAAAUGAGGUUGAAAAAUGAAGAGGUAAUAUUCAAUGUUCAACAAUCUAUGAGGAGACCCAUCGAAUUUGCAAAUUGCUCAUUAGUGGAGGCCGUAGAUGUAAUACUACAAGAGGAGGAUGAGACUGUUAAUGUCAGGGAGUGGAAGCCUGCUUGA